AUGGCGCGCAAUGAGGAGAAGGCGCAGGCGAUGCUCAACCGCUUCGUGGUGGCGAAGCGGGACGCGAACCGGGUGGACAUGACGAAGCGGCCGUACCUCGCCUCGGAGUGCGAGGACGUGUCGCACUGCGAGGUUUACCGCGGCCAGAUCCUCAAGGAGCUGUCGAAGAAGGUGUCGCUCAUCCAAAACGAGGGGCUGGAUGAGCACCGCGUGCGUGACCUCAACGACGCGAUCAACAAGCUCAUCCGAGAGAAGGGGCACUGGGAGCGCCAGAUCAAAAAGCUAGGAGGC